UCGCCGGCCGCCUGGUAUAUAAACCCCGACUGCCACCCCCAUUUCCCCCAGACCACACGACUCGCCCUCCGCACAGCAGCCCCACCUACCGACCUACCGCCCGAGCAGCUGCGCAUCUCGCCGCCCAGCCCCUCCCCUCCCCUCCCCACCCGCCGCAGCAAUGGCGCUCGCCACCAACACCGCCGCCGCGGCCGCCGCGCUGACCGGCGGCGCGGCCCAGCCCCGCCGCGCGGGGUUCCUCCCCCUCAAGCGCCGCACCAUCUCCGCGGUGCACGCCGCCGACCCCGCCCGGAGCGGCGGCGCGUCCGUCCCGGCGGCCGCGGCGGCCAAGACCUCGUCCCCGACCGUGGCGCCGGAGGCCGCGGCCGUGACCCGGCCCGCGAGCUGGUCCGUCGACAGCUGGAGGAAGAAGAAGGCGCUGCAGCUGCCCGAGUACCCCAACAAGGAGGAGCUCGACGCGGUGCUCAAGACGAUCGAGACCUUCCCGCCCAUCGUGUUCGCCGGCGAGGCGCGCCACCUCGAGGACCGCCUCGCCGAGGCCGCCAUGGGCCGCGCCUUCGUCCUCCAGGGCGGCGACUGCGCCGAGAGCUUCAAGGAGUUCAACGCCAACAACAUCCGUGACACCUUCCGUGUGCUGCUCCAGAUGGGCGCCGUCCUCAUGUUCGGCGGCCAGGUCCCCGUCGUCAAGGUGGGACGGAUGGCUGGCCAGUUCGCCAAGCCCAGGUCUGACAACUUCGAAGAGAAGGACGGCGUCAAGCUGCCGAGUUACAGGGGCGAUAACGUCAACGGCGACGCCUUCGACCUCAAGAGCCGCACGCCUGACCCCGACAGGAUGAUCAGGGCCUACGCCCAGUCGGUGGCGACGCUGAACUUGCUCCGCGCGUUCGCGACCGGAGGCUACGCAGCUAUGCAGCGCGUCAUCCAGUGGAACCUGGAUUUCAUGGAUCACAACGAGCAGGGAGACAGGUACCGUGAGUUGGCACAUAGGGUGGAUGAGGCUCUUGGCUUCAUGACUGCAGCUGGGCUGGGAAUGGACCAUCCGAUAAUGACGACUACUGACUUCUGGACAUCCCACGAGUGUCUCCUCUUGCCAUAUGAGCAGGCUCUUACCCGUGAGGACUCCACAAGUGGCCUUUUCUACGACUGCUCGGCCCAUAUGGUGUGGGUUGGUGAGCGCACUCGUCAACUCGAUGGGGCUCAUGUUGAAUUCCUCCGUGGUAUUGCCAACCCUCUUGGCAUUAAGGUGAGUGACAAGAUGAACCCUGCUGAACUGGUGAAGCUGAUUGACAUUUUGAACCCUUCAAACAAGCCGGGAAGGAUCACCAUAAUUACAAGAAUGGGGGCUGAGAACAUGAGGGUGAAGUUGCCUCAUCUCAUCCGUGCUGUCCGCAAUUCUGGACAGAUUGUCACAUGGAUUACCGACCCCAUGCACGGAAACACCAUCAAGGCCCCAUGUGGUCUGAAGACUCGUCCAUUUGACUCUAUUAUGAAUGAGGUGCGUGCAUUCUUCGACGUGCACGACCAAGAAGGCAGCCACCCAGGAGGUAUCCACCUUGAAAUGACUGGACAGAAUGUCACUGAGUGCAUUGGUGGAUCGCGGACUGUGACCUUCGAUGACCUGGGUGACCGCUACCACACCCACUGCGACCCAAGGCUGAACGCGUCGCAGUCUCUGGAGCUCGCUUUCAUCAUCGCCGAGAGACUCAGGAAGAGGCGGAUGAAGUCAGGACUCACCAACAACCUGCCACUGCCCCCAUUGGCUUUCUAAGCAGGAAGCACCAGGGAGGAGGGUUUAGAUAGUUGGCAUUUGCAAGCGGUAACCAAAUGCGCAUUCCAUUGAGUUUGUAUGGUGGGGUGCUCUUUGCACAAGCUGUGUGCUUAUGAGGUGUUGGUACUUGUCGAGGACAGCAGGGGGGUAGCUUACUCGUGGUGUUGCACUAUGUUUUGUUUCUUUGUUUUAUUUUUGAGUGUUUGAUCUGUUUGAGCCUUUGUGAUUCGAGAAAAUAAAAAUAAUAUGAGUUACCUUUAUUAAUUUAUUUA